UUGUUGGGAGCCGGCUUCGGGAACUGUUAGCAGCGCAGUUACUCUGUAACGACCAGAUAUUCAUUGCAAGCUUCUUUUAAAAAAAAGUUAAUAAGUUUACCAUGCGGGAGAUCGUGCACGUACAAGCUGGGCAAUGUGGCAACCAGAUCGGGGCCAAGUUCUGGGAAGUGAUCAGUGAUGAACAUGGCAUUGACCCCACUGGCACCUACCACGGAGACAGCGACCUCCAGCUGGACCGCAUCAAUGUCUACUACAAUGAGGCAACAGGGGGAAAAUAUGUUCCUCGGUCAAUUCUGGUUGACCUGGAGCCUGGCACCAUGGACUCUGUUCGUUCUGGCCCAUUCGGGCAGAUCUUCAGACCAGAUAACUUCGUGUUUGGGCAGAGUGGCGCUGGGAACAACUGGGCCAAGGGCCACUACACGGAGGGCGCGGAGCUGGUGGACUCCGUCCUGGAUGUCGUGCGGAAGGAGGCAGAGAGCUGCGACUGCCUGCAGGGCUUCCAGCUGACCCACUCGCUGGGUGGGGGCACCGGCUCGGGCAUGGGCACCCUGCUCAUCAGCAAGAUCCGGGAGGAGUACCCGGACCGCAUCAUGAACACCUUCAGCGUGGUGCCCUCGCCCAAGGUGUCCGACACGGUGGUGGAGCCCUACAACGCCACCCUCUCCGUCCACCAGCUAGUGGAGAACACAGACGAGACCUACUGCAUCGACAACGAGGCCCUCUACGACAUCUGCUUCCGCACCCUGAAGCUGACCACCCCCACCUACGGGGACCUCAACCACCUGGUCUCUGCCACCAUGAGCGGCGUCACCACCUGCCUGCGCUUCCCGGGCCAGCUCAACGCUGACCUGCGCAAGUUGGCCGUCAACAUGGUCCCCUUCCCCCGCCUCCACUUCUUCAUGCCGGGCUUCGCCCCUCUCACCAGCCGCGGCAGCCAGCAGUACCGUGCUCUGACGGUGCCUGAGCUCACUCAGCAGGUGUUCGACGCCAAGAACAUGAUGGCGGCCUGUGACCCACGCCACGGGCGCUACCUCACCGUGGCGGCUGUCUUCCGGGGCCGCAUGUCCAUGAAGGAGGUCGACGAGCAGAUGCUCAACGUCCAGAACAAGAACAGCAGCUACUUCGUGGAGUGGAUCCCCAACAACGUGAAGACCGCUGUCUGCGACAUCCCGCCCCGCGGCCUCAAGAUGGCAGUCACCUUCAUCGGCAACAGCACCGCCAUCCAGGAGCUCUUCAAGCGCAUCUCCGAGCAGUUCACCGCCAUGUUCCGCCGCAAGGCUUUCCUCCACUGGUACACGGGCGAGGGGAUGGACGAGAUGGAGUUCACAGAGGCCGAGAGCAACAUGAACGACCUUGUGUCAGAGUACCAGCAGUACCAGGACGCCACAGCAGAGGAGGAGGGAGAAUUCGAAGAGGAGAUCGAGCAAGAUGAGGCUUAAACAAAAACCCCCUUUUCUUUUUUUUUCCCUGUACAUAAUGCAUUCUUUUUAAAUUGUGUAAAUGAGUAAGAUUUGUGGGCUUUUACAGGCUUUGCAGGGCUCGAGUUUAAAAUCUUGCACAAGACAAACAAUGGCCAAUGAGACACUGUAAUGUAAAGCUCGAGUCACAAUCCCAAAUCCGAGCAAAUUAUCACCCCAAGUCCCAGUGCGUGUCCAAAUCGAAAUCAGCCAUGUUUGCUGUGCAUUUGUGGGGGUUUCUGUGAGUGGCUCGUUAAGUGUAUAUGAAAACCAGGGAGGGAAUCCAAAAAAACCUUGAGUGUUGAAAAUCUGAAUUCUGGGGUGGGUGGUGAAGUAACUGGAAAAUUGAGUGAAUCCAGCCAGCAGUUGCAUAGAAGCUGAAUGUUCUGUCUGUGCUCUUGGCAAUCUGAUGUCCAUUUUCAGUACUAGUCUGGACUGUGGCCCUCUUAACUCUGAACUCGAGCCCUGUGCUGCAGUAUUCCACGGUAAAUCUUUUGUUUUGACUGUUUCUGAGCCAUUUUAUGGUCUAAGGUUAUGGAGAGAAGACAGGAGAAUAGGGUUAAGGAAGGAAAUUAUGAGCCGUGAUCAAAUGGUGGGACAGACUCAAUCGAUUGAAUAGCCUGAUUCCGCUCUGAUGUCUUGUGGUCUAGUUUUUUUUUCUGUUUCAUGAUGUUGGAUGGCUCCUGUUUGUGACAGCUAGCUGUAAAGUAAGUUUGGCAGUACUUUCCAUUGGCACUGGCAAGCAUUAGGGAUGCAGAUGUUCCUAACAAGCACUUGUGCAUGAGUGCAUGGAAGAUCACAAUUCGUGGGAUUACUGGAAGUGCCUGUCCUGUUCCUGGACAAGUAAUGUUACCUGGUUAGCACCCAGACCUGCAGGGAAUUCCUUUAAACAAGAUUCCAAUGUAGGGAAAAGAAUCUUUAGCUGCAAUCUAAAUAUGGGUGGGAAAAACAUUGAAGUGUAGACUAUCUGUUACCAAACACCUUUUACUGAGACUUGUGCCUCAAUACUGGCUUGAGUGAGUGUGUGUGUGUGUCUGUCUGUCUCUGUCGGUCGUGGUUGACCAUGGGUACUCUGGUAGUCACUGGUUUGACGAGCAGUGUCGACUGAGGCCGAUCUUAGAACAGCAGGCUCUGCCACAGUUGCUGGCUGCUGUGCUCUCUGCUCCUCAAACUGACUCAGGAUCACUUUCGCCUUGCUCUAGGUGCUGCUGAAGAGUACCUCGCCAUUCGUUGCGGUCAUCUGCUGUAUCCUCCCAGCACUCUGUUGAUUUACGGAUUUCAUGUCGCGCUUGCAGAGGUCCUUGAAGGGAAGCUGGGGUCUACCAACGUUCUUCUUGCCUGUUGCUAGUUCUCUGUAGAGGAUGUCCUUUGGCAGUCUACCAUCCUUCAUACAGCAGAUGUGACCCAGCCACCGCAAUCUGCAUUGUCUUAAAAGUGUGAACAUUGUGGGAAGUCCAGCGUGGGAGAGGACCUCAGAGUUUGGGACUUUGUCUCUCCAGGUGAUGUCAGGGAUGCGGCGAAGGCUGCGUAGGUGAAAACUGUUGAGUUUCCUCUCCUGUUUGGAGUAGAUGGUCCAAGUCUCGCUAUCAUACAGGAGGGUGCUGGUAACACAUGGACUGUACACAGCAGUCUUGGUCUUUGUAGUGAGUUUCAGAUUGUCCCAGGCUCGCAAGGAGAAUCGAGCAAGGAUCGAUGCUGCUUUGCUGAUAGACCUGUUGAUUUCAGCAUCGAGGGAGAGUGUCGUUAAUGGUUGACCCCAAGUAUGUGAACUCGUGGACCACUUCUCGAUCAUAACUGUCAAUGGCAAUGACUGGUGUCUCCAGUAUGUUCUGGGCAAGGACAUUUGUUUUCUUUAGGCUGACGGUAAGCCUGAAGUCCUUGCAUGCCUUAGAGAAACGGUCCGUGAGAGAUUGUAGUUGCUGUUUGGUGUGUGAGGUUAUAGCAUCGUCAUCAGCGAAGAGCAUGUCACGUAUUAAGAUCUUUCGCACCUUCGUUCUUGCUCUCAGGCGCGCAGGGUUGAACAGCCCCCCAUCAGACCUGGUGUGCAUGUAGGUGCCUUCUGUCGACGUCCCAAACGCGUGCUUCAAUAGCAGAGAAGGUGAUGCUGAAUAAUGUUGGGGCCAACAUGUAUCGUUGUUUGACUCCACUACGAACAGUGAAGGGUUCUGAUGAGCUGCCAUUGUACUGAACAGUAGCCCUCAUGUCAUCAUGGAAUGACUUGAUGAUACUUUGGAGUUUUGGGGGACAGCUGAUCUUGAGAAUCUAAAAGAGCCCAUCCCGGCUGACAAGCUCGAAAGCCUUGGUCAAGUAGUUGAAAGUGACAUAGAGGGGUUUCUGUUGCUCCCUGCACUUGUGGAGUUGAUGGAGUGAGAAAAUCAUGUCGACGGUUGACCUUCUUGCGUGAAAACCACAUUGGGACUCGGUAGACCUGUUCUGCCAGCGUUUAGACGUGCCAGAGUUACACGAGCAAAGACUUUACCGACAAUACUCCUGUUGUUGUUGCAGUCACUCCUAACACCCUUCUUCUUGUACAAAGUGACUAUUUUGGAGUCACGCAUAUCCUGUGGUGCGGCUCCUUCCUUCCAGCACUGAUGGAGGACCUCGUGUAAAGGUUGGAGGAGUGAGCUGUUGCAGUGUUUGAUCAGGUCUGGAGGAAUCCCAUCAUUGCCAGAAGCUUUCCCUGUCAAUUGCCUUGCUGAGGUCCUCAAUGGUUGGUUCGGAGUCGAGUUUAUCCAUGACUGGUAGACAAUCAAUGGCUGAGCUAACAAGAACAUUUUCCCCUCGGGUAGAGCUCAGAGUGGUGGUCUACCCAGUGUUCCAUCUGCUUGCUUUUAUCGGUGAUUAUUUCACUGCUGGAUGACUUAAGGGGUACUGUCUUGAUCUGUGAUGGGCAAAGGGCCUUCUUGAUACCAACAUACAUCGACCUGAUGUUUCCUGUCACAGCUGCUGUCUGAAUGUCCUCACUGAGCUGGAGCCAGUACUCAUUUGCACUUUGCUUCUAGCAGCUCGAAGUGCCUGGAGUGUUUGGUUGGAUGGUGAGCACUUGUACUCUGAGAUCUGCAAGCUUGGCUUUGAUGACUGGAGUCAUGAUGUUGGAAUUUGCCUCAAACCAGUCACUGCUCUUUGUGGUCUUUCUUCCAAAAGAUGGAGAGUGCUGAUUCGUGGAUGGUGUUGUGAAGGUAUGACUAUUGUUCUAUUGCAGUAUCUCCUUGUGAGGAGGUAGUCAUAGCACCCUGUGCUGACUUGGCAGUGUGGUCAACCUUUUCUGACUGUUUCAUCUGUUGAGGUUUUCCACUAUGUUUGAAUAAUGGCUUAAAAUCAAGUUGCUAAAUUGGUGGAAUUUGAGGGUGCAACAGUAUGUUGAAUGAAACAAAUUCCACAUUCAUGAUCUGGGGACAGUUUGAUUUGCCACCUUGAACUGUUCACAUUACUUGUAAAGCUGCCUGUGUCCUUUUGAGGCAGACAGCAUCUGGAGUCUUGCAUUUGGGCCUUGAGAUAUUCCUCCCAUGUGAGGUAGUAUUGAAUCCAUUUUAUCCCCACUGUUGGAAUUGCCCUGAAAAGAUGACUUGAAAGUGUGUGUGGGAAGUUGUGGUUAUGAAUGUUGGUGAGAUCUGAUGGAUUGGGGCAUGUGUCAGCAUCUCAUGCACUUUUGGGCUGGUGUGAUGUGAAGCCAACUUUGGUUAGUAUCAACAUGGCAAAGCUGUUUGGCUGCUUUUCCCUUUUGGAAAAACAUUGAGUCACCAAGAAUAGUCCUAACCUGUCACACUUUCAUCACUGACACAUCGCCUCCUUAAUUUGAGACCGAUCCCUCCAUAAUCAUGCCAAGUGUUGGUUAAUCUGGGACAUGGGACCAUCGCCAAAUCCAAGAGCAAGUACUUGUAAACCCAGGCCACUAUAAUUUGGCAGUGGGUUGAAGUAAAAUUUAUCUUGCCCACUUGCUGCUUCUCACAGAAGGGAUGCUUGUGAUUCCAGUGCCAGUGAGUUUGCCAAACAACCUCCAACCCUACAGGACUUGUGUUCUGGUCUUUAUCCUGUUCUUCAUCUUCCAUGCUCUGAACUUCAACUGCCUGUGGUUGAAGUAGAGUUAUUUGUUGUAAUAUGCCUGUUGUGUUUUUUUAAACCUCCAUGUUUUGGUUUAUUUGUGGGCUGAGGUGAAGAUGGGUGGUAUCAGAUUUGACUGAAGAACCAUGCAAAAGGAAGCAGAGGACCAGUUUUGGUCUGGGGGAGAUGAAAGGAUUUGAUUUGUUGGUGUUUGCUGGUCACCUGACACCCAGUGGCCAAUGAGUUGCAACCAUUUUGUAAAUGGCAGCUGUGUUUUCCUUUGCUGUUGAGCCAAAACUGUACUGCUUAAAAUGUCGACCUGGAAGCUCUCGAGCUUGUUUUCCAUACUGCUUGCUGAGCACUUUUCAAUCUUUGUCUUGUGGAUUUUUCUCCAUGUUUUUCACCACUUUUAAUCUUUUAUUUGAAUUUUUUUCCUUUGUUUUUUUCAUAUUGAAAAGUGUGGAGCUAGCCUGUUUCUUAACUGACAAAUAAACUUUUUUUGCGAUUUAAAA